AUGUGGUAUAUGAGCUCUGUACUACACAUCUCUUCAUCAUAUUUCUGUCUGGUCUUCCUGACUGACUACACCAACAUGAAAUUGGUGUUACUUACCCUGGUCGUGGCUCUCCUGGCCGUGACCACCUUCGCUAGUCCUGGUGGUCGAGGAAUUGGUGGUGGUGGUGGUGGUGGUGGUGGGGGUUAUGGCGGUGGCUCUUCCGGCAGCGGUUUCGGUUUCGGAGGCAGUGGAGGUGCCUUCUUUGGUGGAGGUGGCUCAGGUGGUGGCAGCUAUGGAGGUACCUUCGUUGGUGGGCGUGGUGGUGGUGGCGGCGGCGGCGGCGGCGGCGGCGGCGGCUACAGCUCUGUUCUAUCAAGCAGCGGUUUUAACUUCGGAGGCAAAGGAGGCUUUGGUAGCUUUGGUGGUGGAGGUUUUGGAGGUGGCGUUGGUGGUUCUGGAGGUGGCAGCGGCGGAGGCUAUGGUGGUGGAGGAAUCCUGGUGGUCGAGGAAUUGGUGGUGGUGGUGGGUGGUGGUGGUGGGGGUUAUGGCGGUGGCUCUUCCGGCAGCGGUUUCGGUUUCGGAGGCAGUGGAGGUGCCUUCUUUGGUGGAGGUGGCUCAGGUGGUGGCAGCUAUGGAGGUACCUUCGUUGGUGGGCGUGGGGGUGGUGGGCGGCGGCGGCGGCGGCGGCGGCGGCGGCUACAGCUCUGUUUUUAUCAGCAGCGGUUUUAA